AUGCCGUGGGAUGAGCCACUCGAUCACGGAGAUGAGCCAUUUGAUCUAUCCUUCCCACCCGUGCAUGGCGUCCACCCUUCCCUCACGCUGAAGGUUGCUGUUGUACAUGCUUGCGACAAUCAGGAUGGUACACUGUUUGAUUCCCUCGUAGACUCCAAGUUGGUUCUGGACCAGUGUCCGGAUGUUGAUCUUCAAGACAUUGCUACCUCUUCUGCGACGCCCUUGUAUUGCGUCCGUAGCGCCAUCCCGAUCACCCCUCAUAAUCUCACCGAAGCCCUGGAUUGGCACCACGACAAGAAAAAUGGCACCUACCUUUGUAGCAUCGCGGCUGGGGCAAAUAGUGUAGACUAUGUGAUUGGCGGAUGCAACAAGAUUCCGAUAGAUGCAUCCGAUAAAGGUAUCCACCUUCGAAGAGUUGUCCUCAAACUCUGUCCUUUGGGUCAUCAAGUCCGUCCCAGAGCCUUCGACAAGCUUGCACAAGCAGUUGAAGUACGCUUUGACCAGCAUGACAACAUCGAUGAUCUUGACGCGAGCAUACAACUCGGUCAUGAAGCCGUGUCUUUGUGCCCCGAGAGACAUGCUAGCCGUGGUGCCUACCUGAACAACUUGGCCUUCUCACUUGUGUCCCGAUUCGAUCACCAAGGCAAACCUAAUGACCUCGAUGAGGCCAUCUCUUUACACGAAUAA